AUGGCGACUCGCUCCUCAAUCCAUUUUUCAUACGUUUUAUUGGUUUCAGUGGAAGUUGGAUCCUCUACACAUUCGCAAAGGGUCACUAGACGGCUCACGAUGUUUGCGAAUAACCCGAUACUUGAUGAGAUCAAGCAGGGAUUCAAGCUGCGACCGACAAAGACAGUAGACAAGUCGAAGCCGAUUAUCGUGGCAGAAAUAGAUGAUGCAGACUCCAUAGCACCUACUAAGCGAGCUCCAGCACCACCUGCUCCUUCACUUGUGGUCGAGACGGCACUCGGCAAAGAGGCUCCAUCCGCACCAGCUAGCGGAGCGACUCCUCGUGCUUCACCAUCUCCGAGGUCAUCACCGAAACCAGGACCGAGUACAGGAACUUCAUCCACUUCGGUUCCUUUCCCGGGUGGAGCACCACCACCCCCACCUCCACCACCACCAGGUGGUGGCUUUAUGCCGCCACCUCCACCACCUCCUCCAGGAGCACCUGCACCACCGCCGCCUCCACCGUCUAAUACGCCUCAAAAAACCCGCAAAUCGCCUUCGCCAUUUCCACAAUUGGGAGGAAAAUCGCCGGCCGAAAUAGACCUUGGCGAAUUGCUGAACUCAAUUCAAGGAGGUGUACGCUUACGAAAGACGGUCACCGUUGAUAAAAGUGGACUGAUUGUGGAUGAGUCCUUGAAACAGCAAAGCGUUAAGCUGGUCGAACCAGCACCGUCUACUGCAUAUAUCCCACCCAAGAAAGAUCCUCCUAGAAAGGAUUUCCAAAGACCGGCAUCUCCUCGAAACCCUUCAUAUUUACAGACUGAUGCAUCUGAUGAUGAAAGAUUUUUGACCCCUACUGGGCGAGGCUCCGAGUACGGUACACCUGAGCCAGAUUCUCCACGUUUUUCACGAAAAUCGCCCGCCAAGGAAGAAAAGAAACCAGACGUUGCAUUCACUGAGAAAAGUCCUGAAAGUCACCAAAGAGGAACUGGAACAGGUACUUAUGUUUGUGCUAAUUUCUUUGCUUGUGAGAGCGUAUUCGUAAAACGUGAAUAA